AUGGAUUCUCAACAGCGUGGUAUUUCUCCUUGUACGGCGAUUGACAUAUAUACAGCGCAGUGGACACAGACCUUGACUGGGAUAAAGUCGCAAUAUACCGAGACAGAGCAAUCCGAAGCGGUUUGUUUUAAGGAAGAGCGGGAGUUACUUCUCGAGAAAUUACAACUAUUACAAAGCAACUAUAAUACCGCCGUUAAAGAUCGCAAGCAGGAUUAUACUACAAAACUCGAAGCCCAUAUCAAAACACUUGCCGAAUAUCAUUUUUCUACUACUCGGAUGGAGCAGCAGGUCUCGGAGGCAGGAAGAAGCUCCGACUUACCCGAGAGGCCAUGUCUGCGCCGUCGGCGGAAUUCGAGGUCUACUGGCUCGUAUACCCGAAGUAGCCCAUGUGCCGCAAGGCCGCGGCGAGGGCUUCGGCGCCACAGACAGACAGAUCGCAUCAUAGUGACCAACGCUAGCAGCAACUUCGACGGCGAUAUAGCAGGGUGUGAUAAUGCUGAUAACCGAGAGGCCGGGUACGUUGCUACCCCAAUCGCAGGGACGGUGUGCUGCGGCAUACUGGGAGUUCUCGAAGUUCUAAAAGUUCUAUACAUCCCGGUCUGUUACUGUUAUGACAAACGAGAACGAAGCAUAUUUGGGUGGGAGAGUGGAUACGAGGACGGUGGUCCAAAGGCAAAUAGCCGGAAGUUCCCAGUGUGGUAUCUCGACGAGGACCUAGACAUAACACCCGAGGGGCAUUUCUCGAUACCUAGCGAGUCCCUACUUUGUUGGGAAUCUGUUAAGCGGCUUAGACCAUUAGACCUUUGCGAUGCAGCUUCUCGCUUAGUAACGGGUUUUGAAACCGCGGUCAAGUUUAGUGCCAGGCUGAAAACAAUUCAAAAGCAGGCGUUGAUACAGAAAGGCCGACUACUUCAGCAGAAGAGACAUGCCACGUACGGUCUGCUCCGAGUGUUGCUAUCAGAUGCGAGAGUCCGCCAGACCUGGCAUCCCCGGACGCGACGGAUUGUCGCUUAA